GAAAAACCAUAUCGCCCGCAUAGUAUUCCACAUCUCCACUUGCAUAAUUAAAUCCGGCGUCAACGAGAUUUUGAUUUCCGAUUGCACCAACGAAAACCAGAAGCCGAUUUCUACCGACGAGACCAAAACAGAGACAGACCAAUACGAACACAGACGACGAGGACCAAACAAAAAAUAAAUAAAUAAACGCGACUGGAGAAAGACGACACAGAGAGAAAGAGGGUGAUCUAUGAUGGAGAUGCUAUGGACAUGGCUCUUGAGUUUCUUCUUCAUCUUAACUCUCUUAUGCCUUCUGGGUUAUCAGCUUGUGUGCUUAGUGGACCUCGAAUUUGAUUACAUCAAUCCAUAUGAUUCAUCAUCUCGGAUAAACAAUACUGUUUUGCCAGAGUUUAUAGUUCAAGGAGUUCUGUGCGUCAUUCUUCUUAUAACGAGACACUGGUUUAUGCUUCUAUUGGCUCUUCCGCACCUAUAUUAUAACGUCAAUUCGUACAUGAAGGGGCGGCACUUGGUAGAUGUGACUGAGAUCUACAACCAGCUGAGCUGGGAGAAAAAACAACGGUUCUUCAAGAUUGGCUAUCUGUUGGUCCUGUUCAUCCUCUCUCUAUUCUGGUUGCUUUGGAGCAUCGGAGAUGAAUAUGAUUAAUCAUGCACUGUUGCUCCCACUGAGCUUUCCCAUUGUUUUUAUGAAGGAGCCACAGAGGAGAUGGUCUCUUAAGGAUAUGAAUCAGGACUCGUGCAAACUCAGCCUGAUUUUGACACCUGAUUUCUCAUUUGAUUCUCUGUUGGUAGUUAGAUGCUCCACGUAUUGUAUGUAAAUUACUUGCACUCGUCCAUUUAUGGACAUCCUUUUUUUCCCUCAUUUACAAUGUGAAGCAGCAUAAUCUAUAAAUGGUUGCAUAUGGCACUGAUUGUGAUUCAAAAGUUUA